AUGUUUCUCUCUGACUUUAAAAAAGCUGCAAGAUCGUCUCCUUCUUUUUUGUCUCUUCUUGGUGUCGAUAUAAACACCACUGCAGCAGACGCUAAUUAUAAUAAACUAAUACAACAGUUCAAUACAGGGGGCUCUGCUAACGAGGGCUACGCACCAGGCUCCGAGCUGCCUCACAAGACACAGCAGCAGCAGCAGCAGCAGCAGCAGCAGCAGCAGCAGCAGGAGCACCGGGUAGUGAUAGAUAAGCGUAGACAGCUGCGGCAGCUGCAGCACCUGCGGCAGCAGCAGCAGCAACUGCAGCAGGAGCAUCAGCAGCACCUGCAGCAGCUGCAGCAGUGCGCAGCACAGCUAGAAGAGAUAGAAAGAAAGUUUAAUAAAAUAAAACAAGAGAUGCAGACACCAGAAGGUAUACAACAACCUCCUCCUGCUGCUGCUGCUGCUGCUGCUGCUGCUGCUGCUGCUGCGGCUCCUGCUGCUGCUGCUGCUGAUGAUGAUGAUGAUUAUGAAGAUGAAGAUGAUGAUGCAACACCAGGAGACUGCAUUGCUCUGGCCAAUCGUGCUGCAACCCAAACAGCAGCAGCAGCAGCAGUAUUGGGGUUCAUGGCGUAG